AUGUCUCUUGAGCUAGUACACCCCUCCAACGAAACUCGCGAUGAUGACCAUGAAUACACCCUCGCGGCCCUCCCAUCUGAAAUCCUACUUCAAAUCCUCUCCUACCUCGAUAUCCCUGAUCUAUUCCCAUUAACUCGAACCUCGCAUCAACUCCGAAACCUCUCGCUCGACCCCCUCCUCCAUACCACCCGUCUCCAUCGAGCCUCUCUCUCCCUCUCCCACUCCCUCACAGUUCGACCUUCACUCGGCGAACUGAUGGCACAUCGAAUCUACAUAACUCGCACAACGCUGGCCGCUCGUUCCCUGGGAUGGAACCUUACAAAAAUAAAGUUGAAUAGGCAGCUCCGACAUCGACCUAGUGUCGAAAGCCUAGUAGAAAUGGGCGUCCUACCUGGCGAAUGUUACAGACGAGGAAAAGGCUGGGUGAGUCCCAAAAUAGUGGACGCUAAGAGGAGAGUGGAAAGGGAGAGGGUUAAGGAUGUUUUGAGGGGGUGGGUGGGGGAGUGGAGGGGUAAGAGGAUGGUGCAGCUUGAGAGGGAGGUGGUGGAUGUCAAACCUGAUGUUAGGAGGCUGGCAACGAGGUUUGCGAGGGACAGAGAGGGGGGCAAUAGCAGACAGACUAGAUGGGGAAGGGAGGCAAGAGAGAAGCGGGAGGCUCCCACUAGGGCGAAGGUUCUUGGAUUGAGGAGGUUUUGGGAGAAGGUUGGGGAGGGUGCUUGA